UUUACAUGUGCUUAAUUAAGAAUUCCAUUCCAUAGUCGUUGCAACUUCAAAUAGAUUGUCGCCAAGUUGACUAAAUUCUGUUGAUGCUUCGCAGUGAUGAAGAAUGUUUGGAUGUAUCUUUUCAUCUCCAUAAUAUGCACCUGCUAUGGCACCUGUCAUACUACCAAUGAAUAGUAAAAAUGUGAGUAAACCAUUCAAGUCACCGUUCGACCCUUCUACUCAAAGCAAAGACCAAAGUAAGAGUUGUGAUAGAAAACGCAAAAUUAAUAAUGAAGUCGAUAAUUCACCACUUGUUACAAAAUGUAAUUUAGUUGCAAAGCGAGUACUUAUGUUAGAUGAAGAGGAGAAUGAUAAAAUAUUAAAUACUCCUGAGUUAAAUAAUGCAAAUCAAAAUUCUCUAAAACUGACUAGUGAUACAUUGAUCUUAAAAAAGAAGAAAUUUAACAAAGAAGAGAAAGACAAGAAAAAAUUGAAAGUCGUUGAUUCAAAUACUGUAGAUUUUAAUUCUGCAAAAAAACUAACUCAAUGUGAUCUAUUGAUGUUGAAAAAAAAGACAUUUGAAGUACGGCAAGAAAUAGAAUCAAUAAAAUCUAGAGAGAUGUGUACAAAAAAGCACAAUCCACAAGAAUUACGUGAUUCUAUAAAAAAAUGGAGAACAGCUUGCCAAAGUGCCUUAGAAAUACUUUGUUCAGAAACUUCAAAGCGAAAUGGACAAAGCAUGAAAAUUUCAGAUAUUCUCAGUAUGCUAAAUAUACCAGAAACAUUAGUUCAUUAUUCAGAAAAAGAUGAUUCCUUUAAUUAGGAGUAUAUGUGUUAAAUAAGUUCAUGUUUAAUGUAAGUUUUUUAUGUUGUAUUUAUUAAUAUAUUUUCAUAAUAUCUAUCAAUGUAACAAAAAUUUUUUUAAAUUUUGUUCUUAAUUCAAAUUCUGAAUUCAAUAUGCGU